AUGACCGUAUUCGACUUGAGGCCUUUGGAGGAAGGCAGGUACACUGUCUGUUACGCGACUAGUCGCUCGACGCGCGGAGAUGACCCUGUUGCCAAAGACUUCCACUAUAAAGCAGGUGAAAUCGAGGUAGGUUCAGAGCUCAUGAGCUGCGACUUCGAGGAAGACAUGUGUGACUUGAUGAUUUACCGUGAUCAUGAGGAUAUGGAUUUAUACUGGGUGCGCCAUUCGGGAUCAACAGAGACACCAGGCACAGGGCCGUCUUUCGACCACACGUACGGCACGCAGCGAGACGGAUCUUAUAUCUACAUGGAUUCGCCAGGCUACGUCGCCGGUGCAAGCGCGACGCUGAUAGGGCCACCGACGAUUUUCCCGCAGGGACUAUUCUGUGCUCGCCUGUGGUAUCACAUGUGGGGAGAUGACGUUAACUCCCUUAGGCUCUACAUGCACGAACUGAAAGGCGACCAAGACGCAACAGGGAAUUGGGGGAAGCCGAGGCUCCUCCGAGUAGGCGACCAUGGCGAUGAGUGGCUUGAAGGAGGAUUUGAAUUUCAUUCAGACGGGAAGACCGCUCAACAGUUGGUGAUUGAAUCCCUUGCUGGGUUCAGUGAGAAGGGGGAUAUAGCCGUGGAUGACCUACGUAUUGUACAGGGACGUUGCCCGGAGGAAAUCAAAAGAGACUCGUACAACGCAGACUACAUUUGUGGAGAGGUACGACUCCUCACCGGAAGUUGGUCACAAGAAAAAUCUUGGUUUGUCGAAGGCGCGGUCUCCUGCGCUGGCCGCGGGUACAGCUAUGAUAAUCUUAAAGGUAAUUGGGUUCCUUGUUGUGUUCCACGAUAUGGGCAGUACACUCUUGUUCUUCAUGACGGCUUUGGAGACGGAUGGUCGGGGUCUAAGCUUGAGUUCCGCUUCUUCGACCAGGUCCAGGAGUUCGGUUCAGAUUUCAUGGGUAUCGAAGAAGGAGUGGAGAAAAAGUAUACCUUGAACAUCGGCCUUCUCCAAAUUACACGGAUAGAAGGAAGUCAAGAUCGCAUUGCUCUUGAAAUUCAAGUCGCUCAAUCCAACUCAUAUGUUUGGUGUGGCGCCGCCUUGUCGGGGUCCCCCGCUCCAACUGUUGAGGUUCUAAAGAAGUAUGGAAUUCGGUCUCAAGAGCAGACGAAGAAGCCUGGAGACAAACUUCGUAUGGAGAUCGCGAACAAGCCAAAUGAUAGACGCAUUCUGCAGCCAUCCACGGAUUACAACAUCUACUGUUACGCGGAGCCGGCUUCAUAUGCAGCUGACCAGAAUCAGGUGAUGAUGAUGGACGACUCCCAAGUGGCUGCGUCCCGCAUUAUGGUCACCACAGAUAACAAACCACCCGAAAUCACCGUGGAGAGUGUAGAUGAAGAUUACACGGAGGCAAGCGUCCGAAUCAGGAGCGACGAGGUGGCAACUGUGUGGUGUGCAGCUGAAGAAGUGAGCAAGGUACCAACGGACGACAUCGGCCAGUCACCACCUCCCAGUGUGAUCAAGAAGGCAGGGAACAAAAUCCAGAUCGUGAAAGGAACAGAAAAUACACCCCAGAUUCUAAAACUCAAGAAUCUUAUGCCAGAUACAACAUACCGAGUCUACUGUUAUGCGGAAGAUCGUGCGCUACCGAAACCCAACUUCACCGGUCCGGAACAAGUCAACGCCAAGGCGUUCGAUCUUGUAACCCCAAGCAAGGUGCCUGAAUUGAAGAUUGAGUCUUACAAAGCUUUCGUCAGAGGCUUCAAGCUCUCAGUGAAAACAGAUACGCCUGCAAAGGUGUGGUGUGGAGCGGCUAUGGCUGGGUCUGCUUUUCCGAAGAAAGAGGAUGUAAAGCGCGUCGGUGCUACUGGAGAGGUCACGGAUAUCACCAAGUCGGUGGACCUCGAAAUUCGGGGUGUUCCGCCCAACACACGCUACUCCAUCUAUUGCAUGGCAGCGUCGCGGUCUGGAGCAUCGGAAAUGACGGACCAACAAAUGUGGGAUGGAGCCCUCGAGGUGACGUCCUUCGGCAAAUUCUGUGACAUGCCUAUUGAACCUGCAGUUCUUUCGGAGGGACCUGCGACUCCGUUCGACCCUCUAACGCCGCCGGAGGAAUUCAUGGUUCGCGACUUCAUGAACACUCAGAAAAACCUGAAACUAGAGGGAAUCUACCGGAUCAAUCUGUUCCUGGACAAAGACGCGAUUCUAAACCAUUUCGAAAAGGGAGCAGAAUUUCCCAAGAGAUAUGCGCGCGUUCGCGCAGGCGUCUGCAACAACGGGAAAGGAGCUUACAGACAGUUCAAAGUCGGCCCUCUGGACACUGAAGAUGCGAAAAACUUGAAGUUGGAAGAUAUUGGCGAUCCUGUGGAAACUGACUGUGGAGGCUAUAAUCCACAGGGAGUAUUUGGACGCCGUCUACUUGACCAAGAGCAGGAAAAUGAACUGGACGCGUUUCUUCACCGUGUUUUCGGGUUCCACUUUGGCGUCAAGGCAUGUGUCUACGGGGAAGUCGACAACUGCUUGAAUUUUGGCCCUCUUAUCUACAAACAGAAAGGCGAGCAACUUGAAGAAGUAUGGAUAGGCCUCAAAACGCCACCAAAGGUGCAAGGCGAUUUUGAACACAAUCUUCCGUUCUACAUUAUUGCUGAGCCUCCUCUUGGGGACGAAAAAGUGGACGUUGUGAACCCGGAGAGUCGCGACCGCAUCGCCCUUCUCCUGGAACACGUUAAAGGCUACUCGCUUAACGGCGUGCACUUCGAUUCCCUCGAUGACAUGCUCGAGGUCGUCGACACAGAGGCAAAUCCAGAACUCACUGUAGAAAAACUCCGGAAUGCUAUGGAUCAAGUUAAGAGCAGGCGCGAAGAACAGCGAGCGAAUACCGUCCGUCGUCUGGCCCCGUAUAACAUUGGCCCGAACCCGAAAGGGCGCGAAGGCCUAGAGUACCGCGUGGGCCCAGAGCAUAUUGAGCCCCAGGGUAAGAGAUACACAAUCACCCACAACCCAGACUCGACUUCAUAUUCCAUCUCUUAUGCAGGGUGGACGAUGACAGUGACGAAUGACCGCGACACGUCAUUGAAAAUCUGGAAUCUCCGCUUCAAAGACCAGAGAUACGCCUUCGAACUUGGAGUCAACGAGGCCCUUGCCCACUACAGCGUUGCCGAGCGCCAUUGGUAUUUCAUGGAUUCCUGGUACGGUGGGCUGGGCGCUGCCGCUCGUCGCGUGCAUCCGGGCAUAGAGUGCGCCAAGACAGGAACCGUUUUGUUCUGGGAUAAGUCGCUCUGCGUAUUUGAGGAGGACAAGGCUCGACCUCUUCGGUCUCACUGGAAAGCUGGCGUCCUUCGGGACGCCGUACCUCACUAUGCGCUUGUGCUGAGACAAAUCAUCACAGUUAGCAACUACGAUUAUAUCACAGAUUACAUCUUCCACCAAAGUGGAUUCUUCGAGGCAACGAUGGCAUUUACUGGGGAGCUGUACGCCGGGGUAGAAGUUCCGUGGUACUCUGCUCGACAGGCCAGCCACGGCACCCAGGUCACCGGGUCUAUGCGAAUGGGCGCUUUGCAUGCCCACCUGGCCUCGUGGAAGGUCGAUUUUGACCUCGAUGACUACAAAUCCAACUCGAUAGUCUGGCAUGAAAUCAAACACGACACCGCUCGACCGGGAGCUCUCAAAAUCGACACUUGGUUCGCAGAAACUGAAGAGCAAGCAUACUACAAAUUCAACAACACGCGCCCUCUGCACUACCAAGUUGUCAAUGAAGAGCACAAUGUAUACGGAAACGUCGGAGGAUUUACCGUCCUGCCUCUCCCAACUGUUGCGAUUCCCAAUCCCGAGUUCGAGCUGUAUACCGGUCCUGCCGCCUGGGCGAAGUACCGUAUUUUGACGACCCUGAGAAAGGAAGAGGAAUUCCACGGAUCUCUGCCGCGGGAUAAUAAAUAUGCGUUGCGACCUGCCGUCAGCAUCGAUCGUUACAUCCGUGACAAUGAGCCUAUCCGCAAGAAAGACGUCGUCACGUGGAUUGCCUCCUCUGUUUGGCAUAUCCCUGUUAUCGAAGACAUGCCCCAGACGCUCUCCCUCGGCAAUACUCUCGGAUUCCUUGUGAAGCCGCACAACUUCUUCACCGAGGAUCCAUCAAUGGACCUGCACAAUUCCCUUGGCGGUGCCGUUCAGGACCCUGGCACCUGUGCGAUCAUCCGCCAGGAAACGGAGAAGUACCUGCAGGAAUAG